AUGGGAGGUUUGGUAGAUUGUCAGGCACACGCUUGUGUAUCUGACCCACUGAGUUUAUCGCUAGAGAAUGCAGAAUCAAUUGAUCUCAAACAGUUUUUCGACCUACAUUUCUCACAUAUAUAUUAUGUGUUCUUUGAAAAUUUUGUGACUAUUGAAGUAGGCCUUAAACAAAAAGGUCACAAGUCUCAGAGGGAAGAAUUAGAUUCUAUUCUUUUUAUUUUUGAGAAAAUUUUGCAACUUCUUCCAGAAAGGAUUCAUCAGAGAUGGCAAUUUCAUAGUAUUGGGUUGAUUUUAAAGAAGCUUCUUCACACUGGAAAUUCAUUAAAGAUACGUCGAGAAGGUGUGCGUCUCUUUCUCUUGUGGCUGCAAGCACUUCAAAAUAACUGCAGUAAAGAACAAUUAUGGAUGUUUUCUUGCUUGAUUCCUGGAUUUUCAUCACCACAAUCUGAAUAUGGCCCCCGAACUCUGGAUAAUCUCAUUAACCCUCCACUUAACAUUCAAGAAACCCAAGUGACUAUAGAGGAAAUCACUCCACUUGUUCCUCCACAGUCAGGAGACAAAGGACAAGAAGAUUUAACAAGCUACUUUUUAGAAGCACUUUUGAAAUACAUAGUAAUUCAGGUUAAGAGUUUAGAAUGGAAGAACAAGGAAAACCAAGAAAAGGGAUUUUCAUUUUUGUUCUCAAACUUCAAGAAAUAUUACUUGCCUUCUAUUUUCCCAAACAUCUGUAAGGAGACCAGCUUGUAUAACCCUGUACUUGAGAUACCACAGAUGAGACCAAAGCCACACUAUGUAAUGGUUAAGAAGGAUGCUGAAACCAAUGAAGCAAUAUAUUGCACAAAGGAACCCUUCAUUAAGGCUCGUGUUAUUGUUAUUCGAUGGUUGGUGUCUUUCUGGCUUGAGCCAAAACCUCAUACAGGACCUCAUAUUCCUGGGAUAGAAGGUGAAAAUGUGCCAAAGAAUAUUCAGAGAGCAGCUGCUAGCAUGGCUUCAAGGGAAGACAGCAAAAAUGACAAUGCGGAUAAACAGGAUAGAAAUGCAGAGCCAGAACAAUCUCAUUCUAAUACAAGUACUCUAACAGAGAGAGAGCCAAGUUCUUCCAGCCUCUGCAGUAUUGAUGAAGAGCAUUUAACUGACAUUGAAAUAGUCCGCAAAGUUUUUUCUUCCAAAAGAAGUAACGUUAACUUUCUAACUGAGAUUUUUCGGCAGGCAUUUUUGUUGCCAAUUUGUGAAGCGGCUGCCAUGAGGAAAGUGGUAAAGGUGUAUCAGGAAUGGAUUCAGCAAGAAGACAAGCCUUUAUUUAUGAAAGAACCUGAAGAAAUAAUGCAGUGUACAACUAUAGAUUGUGAUGAAAAUGCUGUAGAGCACAAUUCUUCAGAGAAAGCAAAAGAAAGAGAAGAGGAAAAAGGGAUGAACUCCAGUCAUGUUCGAAAUUCAAACUGGGCAAGAAAUGGCUGUUACCAAGAUACUUCACAUAAAAUGUUCGAAAUUGAUACUGAAGAGCAAAAUGUACGAGCUGGAGUGCAGUCAGUAUUGCAGGUUUUUAUAAUAAACUCUUCAAACAUUUUCUUCCUUGAACCUGCAAAUGAAAUUAAAACUCUUCUGGAUGAGCACACUGAUAUGUGUAAACGCAUUCUUAAUAUCUACCGUCACAUGGUAGUGCAAGUGACUAUGGACAAGAAGACUUGGGAACAGAUGCUACUUGUGUUGCUCAGGGUUACAGAGUCUGUGCUGAAAAUACCACCCCAAACUUUCUUGCAGUAUCAAGGAAGGAAAAACUCCACCUUAGCAGGAAGACUUGCAGGACCUCUUUUCCAGACUCUUAUAGUAGCUUGGAUCAAAGCGAAUCUAAAUGUGUACAUCUCUCGAGAACUUUGGGAUGACUUGCUGUCUGUAAUGUCAUCACUGACAUAUUGGGAAGAGCUGGCCACUGAGUGGUCACUGACAAUGGAGACACUAACUAAAGUAUUAGCUAGAAACUUGUAUAGCCUGGACCUCAGUGACCUGCCGUUGGAUAAAUUAAGUGAGCAGAAGCAGAAAAAACACAAAGGCAAAGGGGUUGGGCAUGAAUUCCAAAAAUCGUCUGUUGAUAAGUCCUUUUCUAGAGGCUGGAGCCGUGAUCAGCCUGGGCAGGCACCAAUGAGACAGCGCAGCGCUACAACCACUGGUUCUCCAGGAACAGAAAAGGCAAGGAGCAUAGUACGGCAGAAAACAGUUGCCAUGAGAAGCCGAUCCAUUGGUGAAUGUGCUCUGCCAUCGGCCUAUAUACGCAGUGCUAAAAGUGCUCCUGUUCUGAUCCAUACUUCCAAACCCUUCUUGCCUGAUAUUGUUCUCACUCCCCUUUCUGAUGAGCUUUCAGACAUUGAUGAUGCUCAAAUUCUUCCACGUCCAUCUCGAGUCAGACAUUUUUCACAGAGUGAGGAUACUCCAAGUGAAGUUUUUGGUGCAUUGAAUGAGGAACAGCCGCUGCCACGAAGUAGCAGCACCUCAGACAUCCUGGAACCAUUUGCAGUUGAACGAGCCAAAGCUAAUAGAGAGGACAUGAGUCAAAAGCUGCACCCUAUUGAUAGCGAUAUUGGCAGUAGCAAUACAAAUGUUCCUGACCUCAUGGAUGAAUUUAUAGCUGAGAGACUCCGCAGUGGUAGUGCACUGAACGUGACAAGGAGAGGAAGUAGUCCUGGCAGCCUGGAAGUCCCAAAAGAUCUCCCUGACAUAUUGAACAAGCAGAACCAAAUGCGUCCCAUAGAUGACCCAGGCGUUCCUUCCGAGUGGACCUCGCCUGCCAGUGCAGGCAGCAGUGACCUCAUCAGUUCAGAUAGCCACUCUGACUCAUUCAGCGCUUUCCAGUAUGAUGGCCGCAAAUUUGAAAGUUUCAGCUUUGGCGCUGAGGCUGGGACACCAGCUUCCACUGAGGUUGAUGCAAUUUCAGGACAGCAACAGAGUGCUGAGGAGCAAGAAGUGGCCAGUUUAACUACACUUCAUAUAGAUUCUGAAACAAGUAGUCUCAAUCAGCAACCAUUGUCUGCUGAAGCUGCAACUAUUACUGGCUCUGAAAGUGCUUCUCCAAUCCAAUCUGCUCUUGGAUCCCGAUCACAGACACCCUCUCCUGCCACUCUGCAUGCAGAUCAUAUUGAGCAGAAGGAUCUGCAGCUGGAUGAGAAGCUCCACCACUCUGUUUUACAGACGCCUGAUGACCUAGAAACUAGUGAAUUCCCCUCAGAAUGUUGCAGUGUGAUGGCUGGGGGAACGCUUACAGGAUGGCACGCAGAUGUUGCUACUGUAAUGUGGAGGCGAAUGCUAGGAAUUCUGGGAGAUGUCAACAGCAUCAUGGAUCCAGAGAUUCAUGCCCAGGUUUUUGAUUACCUGUGUGAACUGUGGCAGAAUCUGGCCAAGAUAAGAGACAAUCUUGGUAUUUCAACAGAUAACCUAACUUCACCAUCUCCACCAGUUUUAAUUCCACCACUGCGAAUUCUAACACCGUGGCUGUUCAAGGCAACAAUGCUGACUGAUAAAUACAAACAAGGAAAGUUACAUGCUUAUAAACUCAUUUGUAAGACAAUGAAGCGAAGACAAGAUGUUUCUCCAAAUAGGGAUUUUUUAACUCAUUUCUACAAUAUAAUGCACUGUGGACUUCUUCAUGUUGAUCAGGAUAUUGUCAACACAAUCAUCAAGCACUGUUCUCCUCAGUUCUUUUCACUUGGCUUGCCUGGUGCCACCAUGCUUAUUAUGGAUUUCAUUGUAGCAGCAGGAAGAGUGGCUGCUUCCUCGUUUCUCAAUGCACCAAGAGUUGAAGCACAAGUUCUUUUAGGAUCUCUUGUCUGUUUUCCCAAUUUGUAUCAUGAACUACCAGCUCUUCACCCAAACAUUCCUGAUAUUGCUGUGUCUCAGUUUACAGAUGUUAAGGAACUCAUAAUUAAAACCGUGUUAAGUUCUGCAAAAGAGGAGCCAUCUGGUCCUGCACGAUGUGUUGCACUUUGCAGUCUUGGCAUUUGGAUCUGUGAGGAGCUAGUUCAUGAAUCACAUCAUCCUCAGAUCAAGGAAGCACUGAAUGUGAUUUGUGUUUCCUUAAAGUUUCCAAAUAAAACAGUAGCCCAAGUUGCCUGCAGUAUGUUGAACAUGCUGAUUCAUUAUGUGCAUAGACUUCAAGUGUACCAGGCUGAUUCACCUUUGAGAAUUAUUCAAAUUCUAAUAGCAACUAUUACGCAUCUGCUACCCAGUACGGAAGCUUCCUCUUAUGAACAGGAUAAGAGGUUGGUGGUCUCUCUACUUCUGUGUUUAUUGGAUUGGAUAAUGGCCUUACCAUUAAAGACCUUGCUGCAGCCUCUUCACUCUACAGGAGCAGAAAACGAUAAGACUGAAAGAUCUGUUCUUAAUUGUAUAUAUAAGGUUCUGCAUGGAUGUGUCUAUGGAUCUCAAUGUUUCAGCAAUCCCAAAUAUUUCCCUCUAAGUCUUUCUGAUUUGGCAUCUGUCGAUUAUGAUCCUUUUAUGCAUUUGGAAAGCUUGAAAGAACCAGAACCACUACAUUCCCCAGACUCAGAGCGGUCUUCUAAACUUCAGCCAGUCACUGAAGUGAAAACUCACAUACAACAAGGACUAAUUUCUGUUGCUGCUCGUACUGUGAUAACACAUCUAGUCAACCACUUAGGCCACUAUCCUAUGAGCGGAGGUCCUGCUAUGCUAACUAGUCAAGUGUGUGAAAACAAUGAUAAUCCAUACAGUGAAAGUCCUGAACUUUCUCCGGAACUUUUUGAGAACCCAAACCUGCAGUUCUUUGUGUUAAACAAUACUUCCCUGGUGUCUUGUAUACAAAUCCAAGCAGAAGAAGACAUGCCUGGAGGAGGACUGUCAGCUGGACUUGCAUCUGCUAAUUCAAAUGUCAGAAUUAUAGUGCGUGAUCUAUCUGGCAAAUACUCAUGGGAUUCUGCCAUUUUGUAUGGACCAACAUCCUUAUGUGGAUCAUCACAACAAACAUCUUUUGCACUUUCUUUAUCUCAGCAAGAAAAAACAGAAGAUGCUCUUUCAUCGUACGAGCAUAUGGAAGAUGUAUCCGCAAGGGAUGGAAUUACACUCCAAGUUAAAAGGAAAUUUAGAGACACAGUACCAACAUGGGAUACAAUUAGGGAUGAAGAAGAUGCCCUUGAUGAGCUCUUGCAGUAUUUAGGUGUUACAAGCCCUGAAUGCUUACAGAGAACUGGUGUCUCACUCAACAUUCCUGCUCCUCAGCCAGUCUGCAUCUCAGAAAAGCAGGAGAAUGAUGUCAUCAAUGCAAUUCUGAAACAGCACACAGAAGAGAGGGAGUUUGUUGAAAAACACUUCAAUGAUUUAAAUAUGAGGGCUGUGGAGCAGGAUGAGCCAACCUCACAAAAGCCCCAGUCAGCAUUUUACUACUGCAGAUUGCUUCUCAGUAUACUGGGAAUGAAUUCUUGGGAUAAAAGACGGAGCUUUCAUCUCUUGAAGAAAAAUGAAAAGUUACUUCGAGAACUCAGAAAUUUGGACUCAAGACAAUGCCGAGAGACACACAAGAUCGCAGUGUUUUAUGUUGCUGAGGGACAAGAAGAUAAACACUCCAUUCUUACUAAUACUGGGGGAAGUCAAGCCUAUGAGGAUUUUGUAGCCGGCCUUGGCUGGGAGGUAAAUCUCACAAAUCAUUGUGGUUUUAUGGGAGGACUGCAAAAAAACAAAAGCACUGGAUUGACCACUCCAUAUUUUGCUACCUCAACAGUAGAGGUAAUGUUUCAUGUAUCAACAAGAAUGCCCUCUGAUUCAGACGACUCUUUAACAAAAAAGCUAAGACAUUUAGGAAAUGAUGAAGUACACAUUGUCUGGUCUGAACAUACUCGAGAUUAUAGAAGAGGAAUAAUUCCAACAGAAUUUGGUGAUGUUCUUAUAGUUAUCUAUCCCAUGAAAAACCACAUGUUCAGUAUCCAGAUCAUGAAAAAACCUGAGGUUCCAUUUUUUGGUCCACUCUUUGAUGGUGCUAUUGUGAACGGAAAAAUUCUUCCUAUUAUGGUUCGUGCAACAGCUAUAAAUGCAAGCCGUGCAUUGAAAUCAUUAAUCCCAUUAUACCAAAACUUUUAUGAGGAAAGAGCACGAUACCUGCAAACAAUUGUUCAACAUCAUCUAGAACCUACAACUUUUGAGGAUUUUGCUGCUCAGGUUUUCUGUCCAGCGCCUUACCACCACCUGCCCUCCGAGACAGGCUUCUGCCCAGAGACUCAGCUGGGAGAAACUCCAGCAGCAGCAACAGCGCAGGCGGAUGGAACAGACUUAGCCUCUCCAAUGUCUCCUCGGACUAGCAAGAGCCGAAUGUCCAUGAAACUACGCCGCUCCUCUGGCUCAGCCAACAAGUCCUAAGCAUUGAGUUACCUGCAGCUUUCUAAUAAACAGUGAGCAGCAGCCCUUCUCACACUGACUCACAGCUUUCAGUUAAAGGAUAAUGUCUCUAAUGUGUGUGCACCCCUUUCCCAGCAUACCCCCUGUUUUGUAAGUUUAUUUUAAGCAGUGACACUGGAAUUUUACUUUAAUAUUUUAGCUUUUGUUUUUUAUCAUACUCCAGGCUACUUUUUUUUUUUCAGUGCCAUUUGUUCUCUGCACCUUUUACCUUCCUGGAUGAUUGUGAUAUCUAACAGUAGUCAUUUUUAACUCUGGUUGAUCUUGAGUCAUAUAUGGGAUUGGAGACUGCAGUUUGAUUACACUAUAUUUAUUAUGCCCCAUUGCAAUUUUCUCUGUAACAAAGAAAUAAAUAUGUACAAUUUGAAAAUGAAUGUACAAUUUUAAAUUGAAGUUGCAUUUGUAAAGUCCUUGUCAGAUGUCACGUUGUUAAUGCACAGGAUGUGUACAGAUUAUUUAUGUUAAGAGUAAAAUACUUAAACAGCCUUCAAGCAUUUCAGAGUCCAAAUGAAGUAACUUGUUAGAAGCACCAACUCUUUCUUCACAAAGCAAUGUAUCGUUUCAUAACUGGAGGUGAUGCCAUAACCUAUGCCGGAAAACCAGAAAAAAAAAAUCACUGUGCUGAAAUUCUACUUAUGCUUGGCUUCCAAAUAUUUUUAUAAUGUUUGCUUUUCAAAGUGAUAUCAAUAGUAAAUGCCAUUAAGUUUCAUAUUUUGUAGCCUUUAUCACUGGGCUGCUGGGUCUAGAUGUAUAUUAUCGUUUCAAACAUUUGGGGGGGGAGGGGGGGAAAGCACUUUCCUGAUGUAAAUUCAUUGCUCUGAGGAUGUGUACUACGGAAGAAAAGGGAACAUGCUCCAGGAGUCUGACCUGAAAUGCUUAUGAUUCCAACCUUGUAAGUGCAGAUUAGUACACGCAUUGCAACACCCAUCCAGAGGUAUUUUCCUACAGAAGAUGAAAUGCUCACAUUUUGAGUCUGGCAAACAACGAAUGCUGUAACAAAAUGUAGCAUGGCAUCGGUACUAACUGCAUGUGUAAAUGUAUCAUAUCAGCAACAAUAGAAAUAUAAAUUCUGUAUUGUCAUUCAUGUAGUAUCUACAAAUUUGUAAUGGUUAAAGAAAAGACAUGCUAUUUAAUAAUACAAUAAAAAUAUUCUUACCA